GCUUCGCUCUCUCCAGCGCACUUGGCGAGCUGGAGAGGUGAGAGGGAUCCUGCGAGCGGGAGCGGAGCGGCGAGUCCGGAGCCGCUGGCCAAAGGCAGGCGCGCACAGACAGACUCUCCCCGGCUCUGCGGCCCCCGCCUCCCCCUGGAGCCGGCCGGACCUGCACCCCGCGCUUGCCCCCGCUCAUCCUUCCCCCGCCCGGCCCCGCGCGCUCCUCCCCGGCCGGCCCCUCCGCGCGCGGCGCGCUGGAGGCGAACGCGGGCUGAGCCGGGCGCAGUGGCCGCCGACCACCAAGCGCCCCGCGCCGCUCCCUGCAUGUGCGGCCCGCAGCGGCUCGCAGCCCCCGGCAGCAGCCUCGGCAGCUUCGGCCGCGUCUCGAGAGGCGGCUGCAGCGGCUUCAGCGGCGGCCGAGCGGCCGAGCCCUGGCUGGGAGACACGAUGCGCCGCGUCCUCCGGCUGCUCCUUGGCUGCUUCCUCACCGAGCUGUGCGCCCGCGUGUGCCGGGCGCAGGAGCGAGCGGGGCACGGGCAGCUGGCGCAGCUGGGCGGAGUGGUGGUGCUGGCGGGGGGCAACCGCUCCGGGGCCGCCUCCGGAGAGGCCGGCGAGAGCGUGGGGGUCUCGGAUGCGCCCCCGACUCGGGCGCCCACGCCGGACUUCUGCCGGGGCUACUUCGAUGUCAUGGGCCAGUGGGACCCGCCGUUCAACUGCAGCUCAGGCGACUUCAUCUUCUGCUGCGGGACUUGUGGCUUCCGGUUCUGCUGCACGUUUAAGAAGCGGCGACUGAACCAAAGCACCUGCACCAACUACGACACUCCUCUCUGGCUCAACACGGGCAAGCCCCCCGCGCGCAAGGACGACCCCCUGCACGACCCCACCAAGGACAAGACCAACCUGAUCGUUUACAUCAUCUGCGGGGUGGUGGCCGUCAUGGUGCUCGUGGGCAUCUUCACCAAGCUGGGACUGGAGAAGGCACACCGGCCGCAAAGGGAGCACAUGUCCAGGGCCCUUGCAGAUGUCAUGAGGCCACAGGGCCACUGCAACACUGACCACAUGGAGAGAGACCUCAACAUUGUGGUCCACGUCCAGCAUUAUGAGAACAUGGAUACCAGAGCCCCCAUAAAUAAUCUUCACACCACCCAGAUGAACAACGCAGUGCCCACCUCCCCUUUGCUGCAGCAGAUGGGCCAUCCGCAUUCCUACCCCAGCCUGGGCCAGAUCUCCAACCCCUAUGAUCAGCAGCCACCUGGCAAAGAGCUCAAUAAGUAUGCCUCCUUGAAGGCGGUCGGAAGUUCUGAUGGUGACUGGGCAGUGGCGACACUUAAGUCACCAAAAGCUGACAAGGUGAAUGACGACUUCUACUCCAAGCGCCGGCACCUGGCCGAGCUGGCGGCCAAGGGCAACCUACCUCUGCACCCCGUAAGAGUGGAGGACGAGCCGCGGGCCUUCAGCCCCGAGCAUGGCCCCGCCAAGCAGAAUGGACAGAAGUCCCGUACCAACAAGAUGCCCGCACAUCCCCUGGCUUACAACUCCACCGCCAACUUCAAGGGCUGGGACCCCAACGAGCAGUCCCUCCGGCGGCAGGCUUACGGCAACAAAGGCAAGCUGGGCACGGCCGAGUCGGGCUCCAGUGACCCCCUGGGGACCCGCACCCCGCACUACCCACCCCCACAGCCAUACUUCAUCACCAACAGCAAAACAGAAGUGACUGUCUGAGCCUUCACUGCAGGGAGCACCAUGGAGAACACACUCAACUGAGAGAGGCAAAAAAUACCUACCUUUCCCCUCCCUGUCCCUCCCCAACACACCCGCCCACACACUCCCCACACCAACUGACAACAAACCUAUGGCGACAUGGGGUCACGCUUUUCCUGGGCCCCGCCUGACACAUGUCAGCAGGCAGCUGGGCAAGGCUGGAGCACGGAUGUUCAGCAAUACAGAGAAGGGGAAACCAAGGCACACUCUUUCGACUUCAGGCCCAGGAUGGCCAACUCAUGGGCCCAAACUGCGGGGCUAAUUUUUCUUCUCUUCCUGACUCAAAAAUGAAAUCCAUGACGGAAAAAAAAAAAGAGUAGCACAAUUUAGAGAAAUUACCCAUUCGAGCACAUACACCAUUGACCAAGCUCUGUUUCUGGGUGGAAGAGGAAGGGUGGGAGCAGGUGGAGAAUGAGGGCAGGUAGCAGGAGAAGCGUGUGCUUGGGAGGAGGAGUUGCUUGGGGGAGGAACCUGUGCGCAGGAUAAGCGUUUUCUAAUUCUAAGAAGUAGGGAUGUGGAUGCGAAAUUUUAAAGAGCAUGAGGCAGUAACCCACCCCCAGCCACCCCAUUUAUAAUACUUUUCAUACCAUCAGUGUUGGAAGCAGAAAACAACACAUACUCAAACUCACAGAAAGUAGAUAGACCUUGAACCCACCAACAGUGAUGGGAAAGAACAUUCUAGAAAACUCCCAUAAAGGUCAUGACCGUGGAAAUGGAAGAGAUAGGCUUUUACAGCAGGGAGAGGGCACAGCGAGUGUUAAAUAACUUUUUUUAGAAAAAGAAAAAGAAAUAUAAACCCAUGACUAAACAGACAAGAACUGCAAAUUAAUUUUUGCCCCAGAUUUUUGAGACUUAGGAAACCACAAUGACAUCAAGAACAAUUUAGAAAAAUCCACAGUGGACAAGUGGACAAGAGGUAGGGAGGGGACUCAGAGUGUUUCCCUCCUGGCCUCAGACACGAGAAGGAGACACAGAAACCAGUCCUCUACGAACUGUCUCCCCAGUGCCCUUCCCUUCAGCCCGUAGCUGCCGCGCUGCCGAAUUUCAACUGCUUUGGACUGAAAAUGUCAUAAGCGUGGGUGGUGCCUUCAAUGUGUUAUUGUUUAAUGACAGUCUUGUUUCUCAAGUGCAUCCUAUGUUCUUUUAGCCUCCCUCCCUCCUGUUUUUCUGCAGUAGAAGGUGUUUCUGUCCUCCCUUUGUUGGUGAGCCCACCCAUCCCGCGCUCUGAGGGGGCUGCUGCAAUGUCAGGGGUACCUAAGGAUGAAGACCCCCCUCCCACUCACAUGGUCAAGAAUCCACCAGCCCCACCAUUUUCUAGCUCCCCCAAACCUAUCAAGUAUUACUGAGUCUCAUGAUGCCCACAGUCCCUCCCAGCCACCUCCACAGAGACUUCCACACAGUCGUCUCCCAUCCAGAGUUCCCUGACGUUUUUCAGCUGGGUUCUCAUAGCCAAAAGCCCCUGGUGUCCCACAAAGACAGUGUCACCACUAGGGCUGUUUGUUUAGUGGAAGGCCAAAGAGGGGAGUGGAGAGAGAUUUUCAUUGAAGGUGCGAAGUGCUCAACCAGUCUCUGAAGGUUUCUUAGCUGAUGAACUGGAUACCAGGGAGAGCCCCCCACCCCAACCCCCAGCUCUUCUGGCCUCAGGGGCUUUGCAUGGUCUGGUCCAACAAGCCUUCCCCAGAAUGCUGAACUCCAGCGUUCUGCCUCACCUGUCUCUCCACUUUUGACAUCAUGGAAUCAGGGAAACCAGGUGUUGAUUUUCUUUUCUCUCCCAGCUGAUGUGGACACACUGACAAUGCAUUUGAUCUCUGGGCCUUACUCUCCUAUCUGAAACAUGGGCAACUGCGGCAAGAUCAAGCUGCUCAAGCCAUUUGACACAGCAAAGCUUCUGCCCAUUUUCAAAAAUGAUAUUGUGCACAGAAGCCACACUCUAAGCUCCCCCUUUAUAAGGUGGCUUUGUGCUGGAUGAAGCAGGGGUGGGAGAUUGAGUGCCCACAUCCUCAGCCUCUUGGCUGAGCUCCCUGCACUCCCCAGAGCUUGGUGGUAUUUCCUGGGUGUUAGUUCAUCUGUGUACCUGCAACAUACCUUGGACAUCUCUGUGUAUCACUGUCACAAUAUUGUAUCUAAAUCCCUUCUUAAUAUAGUUAACUUUUUAAAGGAAGACUUCCUGCCAUCAUCACAAAUAAAAAUCCAGUAGCAAUCACCCUAAAUAGAAAGUACCUAAGUAUAAAAAGAAAUAUAAAGGCAAAGAAGUAGCAAUCAUUACAUUCUAGCCACCAGAGGUUAGGGCUGGUGGAGAGGUCUGAUCUUAGGGCUGGGUGUUCUCUCUGGGGUGUGUUUUCUCUCUCUCCCUCUCUACCUUUCUCUCCUUCUCUGUCCUCUCUCACUCUCCCUCACUCUCUCCCUUUUUCUUUAUUAAAAAGAGAUUAGCAGAUGUUAAGGAGUUGUUAAAAGGUACACCAGUACCCAAUGGAGGCUUUCUCCUUGAAGGAAGCAGAUGGAUUGACAGAAAUGAAAAGGGAAUCGUUUUCUUUGUGACUCAGGCUUGAUUAAUGCUAUAUCCACGUACUCCUAAAAACCAUCUUGCAUACACCAGUGGUACACACGCACAGUUCAGGAAAUACCAGGUUGGCCCAUCUGUGAGGUUCCCUCCUGCCUCUAAGUUCUGCAGUUCUAGUUCCUUGCCCUUGAUUCACACUUCCUCUCACCUUCAUCCCAGCCCUGAUCCAGGACCUGACGAAUAAUUUUACAUAUUCUCCACCUUCCUUCUCCUCUGAGUAAACUUCACUGGUGAAUUUUGAUAGUUGGGGGUCUGCAUUUAUCAUUCCAACAGUGAAGUUGCCACAUGGUCAAUGAGAUGUGGCACCAAUGACAGCCCAAGAAUAGUAUCUCUCAGCCUCAUCACCUUCCCGUUGGCUUUGGGAGCUGAACUGAGGGUGCAGGUUGGGAAGGGUGGAUGGACGCCAUAUAACUGAAAGUCUCAUGAAGGCAGACUUGUGGACCUGUGACUGCCACGUAAAACAGGGAUCCUGCUGCUUGUGUUGGGGAACCUUAGAAGAGGGAAUCCAGAAGAAAGAGAGGUUGUCUCUUCCCCAUUCCAUGCCAUGCCCUGGCACUAGCUUCCACUUCUUGCCUUUAGCUGUCCCUUGACUUCCAACCCAAUGGGACCGGAGUCUGAUGCCCCUCUGCUCUCCCAGAGCAUCUCGGCCUCCAUCCGCCUUGGGCUCUGCCUGGCAACCCCAUCGAACUCCCCCCACCCCGUUCUUUUUGUGUGUGUAAAUGGAGCAUAUUUUAUGUGCGAAUAUUUUAGUAACCGUAUGUUCUGCAAGUAAACCUGUGUUAAUAUUUGUCAACAACUGCAGAGUUUAUGAUACCAAUAAUACUUCCUACAAUGAAGAAAAAAACAUUUGUUUGUUUUCUAAGAAUGUUUAUUUGUAAACAUAUGUAUUCACUAUAUUAAUAUGAAUUUCUUACCUGGCAAUAAAACUGAUUAU